UAUCUUUUAGGUGAUCUUAAGUGCAGAACCAGCCCACUCCGGUCAAACUAUAAAGCUUCGUUGGAGUCCUCUUUGCACAACCCAGCAGAGUGUCGCAACCCACACAGAGACGACAGUCAUGAACUUCCGUACAGAGCAAACUUUCUUCUGUAUAACGUCUGUUUUAUUUCUCUAUGUCGCAGUUGCUGCAGAUUUACAUGCACCUGAAGUCCACACAAAGCUCGGCAGCCUGAGAGGCGAGUAUGUGAGUGUGAAGGGGAAGGAGACUGGAGUCCAUGCCUACCUGGGUGUCCCAUUUGCAAAGCCACCCUUGGGCCCCGCUCUUAGACUGGCCGCACCUCAGCCUGUAGAGGCAUGGGAAGGAGUGAGAGACGCCACCCGGCAGCCACCCAUGUGCGUUCAACAGAAACAGCUUCUUUUAGAUAUCCUUGACAAAAUCGGUGGCCUGUUGGCAGAAAUCCCAGACAUUUCAGAAGACUGCCUUUACCUCAACAUAUACACUCCUGCAAACAGAGCUCACAAUGCUAAGCUCCCAGUCAUGGUCUGGAUCCAUGGUGGAGGAUUUACUGUGGGAUCAGCUUCAAUGUAUGAUGGCUCCGCCCUGGCUGCUUAUCAGGAUGUGGUUGUGGUUCUGAUUCAGUACCGCUUGGGACUUCUGGGCUUUCUCAGCACUGGAGAUGAGCACAUGUCGGGGAACUUUGCCCUGCUGGACCAGAUACAAGCUCUGAAGUGGACUCAACAGCACAUUCACAACUUUGGAGGAGACCCAGAUUUAGUUACCAUAUUUGGGGAGUCUGCUGGUGGAGUGAGCGUAUCUUUCCUGCUUCUCUCACCUUUGUCUGAUGGCCUGUUUCACCACGCCAUUGCUGAGAGCGGCACUGCCGCAAUGCCUUUCCUCAGCGGAAAUGAUCCUCUACCAGUAACUCAGGUGAUAGCAAAUGUAUCUGGCUGUAGCCUUGAAAGCACAGAGAAGAUCGCUGAUUGCAUGAGAAAUCUUGAUAUUGAAACUAUUGUGACUCUUGGGCAGGAUGAAAGAUUGAGAUUUUCUGUACAUGUUGAUGGACUCGUCUUGACAAAACCGGUGGAUGAGCUCUUCCAUAAACAUGAACUUCUCACUGUGCCAUUCAUGACUGGUGUUAAUAAUGAUGAAGGGGGCUGGUCACUUUGUAAUUUCUUUGCUCCUCCAAACUGGACAGAGGGAGUGGAUCGGGAGCAGAUCGUGAACAUGAUUUCCAUUUUCUUCCCUGAUCCCAAAGAUGCAGUUGUCAUAGAUUUGACGGUAGAUGAAUAUAUUGGAGCCAGUGAAGAUCGUGUGAAAAAUAGGAAAGGGUUCACUGAGGCGCUUGGAGAUAUGUUGUUCACCAUUCCGGCCAUUAAGACUGCCAACGCUCAUAGAGAUGCAGGCGCCCCUGUAUACCUGUAUGAGUACCAGCAUCCUCCCAAAUUCCUGCAGGCAAAAAGGCCAAGCUUUGUUGGGAGUGACCAUGCAGAUGAAAUCUUUACAGUAUUAGGACUCUGCUUCACAACUACCCAUGUCACAUUAGCUGACGCUUGCCCUGAAGAGGAGGAAGAGUUCAGCAAAACCAUGAUGAGCUACUGGGGCAACUUUGCUCGCACAGGGUCUCCUAAUGGGGAAGGCCUUGUCCACUGGCCGAAGUAUGGAGCAGAAGAAGACUACUUGGAAAUUGGUUUAAAGGAGCAGGUAACUGCUCAGCACUUGAAGAAGGAUCGGUUUGUUUUCAUGACUCAGACUCUUCCAGAGAAGAUCCGUCAACAUAAAGAGAAGAUGGAGCGCAGCGAGUUGUAGAAGUGUCACUUCUCCUUUCUCUGUUCCAUCAAUUUGUUUUAACACUUCCAUCUUAAGUUAGGAAAAAAGCAUUAGACAUAUUCAGACAUUUGUUAAAGUGAUAUUUGAAGUACUUUUGUAGUAUUUUUUGUGGCCUGUACAAAUGAACAGUGACAUUGGGAAGGGAGAUCCUUUCAAAAUGUAUCUUCAAAAGACAAAUUGUGCAAUUCUACUUAAAAAGUUGUAUGGCAGUAACGUGUUUUGUGUGAAUAAUUUUUAUAGCCACUGUGAAUAUUAAACGUAAGUUUGACUCCAAAGUGCCUUUCUUCAGGGAAUACUAUAUAAGCCCAAAAGUAAAUCUCUAGUAGAAGGGCAUCUUAAGUCAUGGGAGACCCCUACUGUGUUUGUAGACAUACUGAAUAUCUUCUUAAUGAUCUAGAUUUCAGUAUAAAAUAAAAAACUUGUGAAGCUGUGUGAAA